AUGGAGACCGAUCCUCGGAUACGAACAUACCUCAGGCUGACAACCGUGUGUGGUGCGAUGCAGGCUUUCAUUUUCCAAGAUUGGUCGUGGCUUCUGGUGUUCACAGUCAUAUGGAGCAUUCUUGUUUUGAUAUGGCUCGAAUCUUCGAGCAAAUCAGCGGGAGCCGGGACCAAUUGGCUACCGCUGGCUAUGGCGGUUCCUUUUCUUGGCUAUCCAUGCUAUUGGGUGAGCAUGAUGCCGUAUACCUGGGAGAGUGAUCUUUGGACUGUUCAGGUUGACUUAACCAUGGCCUUGUGGCUGUUGCUUUAUGGUGCCGGAGGCGCCGAAGGCGCCGUCGACAGUUUGAGCAGCACCAUUCAUGAGAUGUUCUCAGCUUACUAUCUGGCUGCCGGCUUUUGGAAGCUCAAUGCCGAUUUUCUGGAUCCAAUGGCCAGCUGCGCAGGGGUGUUCUUUUCCCAGCACGUCACCCGGUACUUUGGGACUUUGUCGUGGGAGUCUCAGGUGGAGCUUGGGAGGUCCGUGCUGCCUUGGGUACCAUUGGGAGGAGUCGCAGUCGAAGUCUCGAUGGGAUUGGUCUUCUUGCUGGGGCGUUUGGAUAGGCGAUGUGCGCGGCUGGGUCUUCUCUACAUCCUGUGCUUCCAUUUGUGGGUGUGCCUUACUCCUGAACCGAACAACAUCUCCUUGUUCGCAGUGCAGUGCGCUUCUCGGCUUGCAAUCGUGUUGGACCCGUCGGCCUUGCACGCUGCGUCGAUGAAGAUCGGCUCCUAUGCUUUUGCCUUGUCAGCUCUGGGAACUGUGGCGGUGGCAUGCGGCAUUCAAGCGGGUUUUACUCCGCUGAAUUGGGGCUUCUUGGUCUUCAUCCCACUCUUCCUUUUCAUGCAUCUCGUCGUCUUUGUGGAGACCGGAACCAAAGCGCCGACGCCGCCGGCGACGCGCUCCAGAAGGCGGCCCUGGUGGACGUACCUGGCCACCAGCUUCGCGUGGGCGUACUCCUUUGGGACAAUCAUGCUCGGCGCCAUGGAAGAAGCAACGCCGAACAUGUUCGCGAAUCUGAAGAUUCACGGAGGCUCGAACCACCUGGUGCUUCCCACCGGUCUGCUUUUCAAAUGGUUCGGAGAGGCCGGCGACUCCCACCCUUACGGAGGGGGCGUGAUUCGCAUGGAGACCACGACCUCCCACUGGCUCCAGACCAUCUAUCCCUGCGACCUGACCCACGUCCUUCAGCCCAGCGCAGCCCCGGAUCUCCUCGAGGUCCUGGGAUCCCCCAGGCCCGUCUUCCUGAAUUCAGGAGCCAACCGCAUCUUGGGUCUGCGAGAGAAAGGGUUCGUUCCACCCCCGCCGCACGGAAAGCUCCUGCAGUACACCACGCCAGCGGUGGAGUGGAAGCGACUGCUCAAGGAGGCGAUCGAGAAGGACCGAUCCUUUGCAGUGACCUACUCGCAUCUUCCUGGCACUGCUGGGGACGAGGUUUGGCGUGCCACAGCCUAUGCGAGGCGUGUGCUCUUGAAGGUGGCUGAUGGAGGGAUUGCCGGGUGCGACGUCUCCUUUCCGAAUGGCACCCGUGCGGAUUGCAAGACGACAGACCUUCCCUACCAUUUGGACGUCCCUUGGUGGAUCCAGAAGAUCGGCUUGUACCACGGCUAUCCUAUACUCCACGAUGCCCAAGGAGAAGUGCGGAAGUCGAUUCAAUGCUUCGGGCCCUGA